AACACAGGGGUUAUGUUGAUGGGUUGUAGGGUCCUCAUUUGUCUUGGUAACAGACAAAAAAAAAGAGUAAAUUUAAAAGCCAGAAAUUCUUGUACUCCUAAAUUUAGUACCAAAUUAAAAUGAACUCUCGUAUUGCUUUCCUCUUUUCUACUCUUGUUAUUUUUCUGAUUUCUGCCUCCAUUUCUGCUUCCAAUGAUGGUGGUAAUGAGACCGAUUAUCAAGCUUUGUUGAAGUUCAAGUCGAUGAUCAGUAAUGAAGAAGGUCUAAGCUCAUGGAACUCUUCCUUUCAUUUCUGUGAUUGGAGUGGUGUUUCAUGUGGGAAGCAGAAUAAUAAAAGAGUGACUGCUCUAGUAUUGGAGUCGCGGGGCCUACACGGCUCGUUGUCUCCUUAUGUAGGGAACCUCAGCUUCCUUCAUGUGUUUUCUCUCAGGAACAACAACAUUCAAGGAAUGAUCCCUCAUGAAAUCGGUCGUCUCUCCAGGCUACGUUUCCUCUAUCUUGGCUCUAACAAAAUCAGCGGAGUCAUUCCAACUAACUUGUUUCAUUGUUCUAACCUUAAAGAUCUUGGACUCUAUGCUAACAAGCUAGUUAGAAGCAUACCCAAAGAGAUCAGUUUCCUCUCCAAACUUACUUAUCUUUCAGUUUAUGAUAAUAACUUAACCGGUGGCAUCCCGCCUAUUUUGGGGAAUAUAACAUCAAUGGAACUGUUCUCUGCUACAAGAAAUCCAUUGGGUGGGAGCAUUCCUGACACCUUAGGAAAUUGGAAAAUUUUAACAGAAUUUUACUCUGGUGCUUGUAACUUAUCUGGAAUCAUCCCUCAUUCCAUUUAUAACCUUUCACUCCUAACUAAUUUGUCCUCGCCUGUCAAUCAGCUUACUGGUAGUCUUCCUUCAGCCAUAGGUGAAAUGCUCCCUCAUCUUGAGUUCCUUCAAUUACGGGGUAACAAACUGACCGGACCUAUUCCACCCUCCAUAUCUAACUGUUCGAAAUUAAAAUUUCUUGAAUUGAUGGAUAACAAUUUUAGGGGGAAGCUGAAAAUUGACUUUGCAAAACUAAAAGAUAUAUAUUUUGUAUCCUUGGGUAAUAACAUCUAUGGAUUUGGAGAAGCAGACGAUAUGAAGUUUAUUGAUACUUUGAAGAACUGCAGCAGAAUAAAGGUGUUACAUCUUAGUAACUGCACUUUUCAAGGAGUGCUGCCCACAUCAAUUGGUAAUCUUUCUGAUCAACUCAUGAUUCUAUAUUUAGAAGGAAAUCAUUUAUAUGGAAACCUCCCUUCAAGUAUAGGUAAUCUGGUCGGCUUGAUCGGUUUCUCUUUAACAUAA